CUUGUGUCGUUGCUUUCAGCAAAUUCCUUUCCUUUGCCUACACCAUUUCUUGUGCUGUGUGCUACUGCUGUGCGUCUUUGUACAACGCUACCUUAGCUCUUUUGGCCUUCUUUGAAUUCACAGCUCGGACCUCCUUGCCAGAGCAAUUACCUCGGUAGUAGAAAAAACAACAGAGUAAUUCCUACGUCUCAUCCGUCUAUAACAGAAUUAUCACUUGGACGACAUUUGGAAUACUCGUAUAUUACAAUUCCAUACACACGACACACUUCAUUUCUGCAUGUGCCACCGUUCGUAGCGAACUUUUGGUUUUGAUGAAAGAAUCACUACUCACUAGCAUCAAUUUUAUGCAUGGUCCUCCUCCUCAUCACAUGUCGGAACAAAUGAUGGAUAAUGGUGCACAAGCUCCAGACUUCAGGCGGCAAGGACCAGUCGUAAAAACAGAACCCGAUGAUAUCGACAUGCUAAUGCCGAACCAUACGGAAAGGUUAGAUGAAGUGCCCAGUGCAAAAAACAAAGGCCUUACCCAAAACGGAUCAGUUCACACAGAACUUUCGACCGAUAUCAGUAUUUCUUUUCGAAAAGAUGCCCUGCCGACAACUCCGGACUCCUCCUCCCAAGAAGACCAGGACAACUUUUUGAAAAAACUCUCAAACGAGUUGUUUGACAAGCCCUCGAUAUACUAUGAGUUUCUCGAGAUUGUCUACUCAUACCUCGAAAAUAUCAUUGAUUUUUUUGGUUUUCUUGAGCGAAUUUACAUACUUUUUAAAGAGUACCCUCACAUCCUCAUAGCUCUUAACACUCUCCUCCCCAAACAGUAUGCCUUCAGCUACUCUCCUCUCGACCCUGAAAACAUAGCUUUGCACACGCCGACAGGACGUGUUCAUGCUUCUUCUUCUUCGUACUCAGGUACAUACCCUGACCCGUUGUCAGAUGUCCAAAGAGUCAUCGCUUUCACGACACACUUGUGCCAGAAAUUGCACAAGACACCCGAAAAAAUCCAUAGAAUUCGUCAAGCACUUCAGCUUCUUCGCAAUGGAAGUGUUUCUGCCGAUUCGGUAACCAAGCAAAUUCAAGCUCAACUUAAAGGCCACUCUCGAUUGCAACAAGAGUUUUCCUACUUCCUUCCACAUGCUCUCCUUUUUGCCGCUAUUCCUCCUCCAGGCUCGCUACCAUUGCGAGCAAUCCGCUACUCUACUUACCAUUCUCCUUUUAUUCCCGCCUUGGUGCCUGGACCGUCCUAUUCCGCUCUGUUAAACACGCCUAAAGAACCAGUCGACGACCUUGCUUUCUUCGGCCAGGUAACUGAAUACUUAAAAAAACCAAAUGUGUCCACUGAGUUCUUCAAACUACUAAAUCUCUUCUCACAAAAAAUUAUCGACCGAGACGCUCUUCUCAAUCAUGUGUACGAUUUUAUCGGCAUGAACACUGUUCUGUGGACUCGUUUCCUGGAAAUCAUGCAAACUAGUCCGCGUGAGUUUGAACAAAACUUCUAUUCGCGUAAUGACAGUUUCCCCAAAAGUGGUCCAAGCUAUCGCUUACUACCUAAAAGUGAGCAAACAGUUGCUUGUAGCGGCAGAGAUGAGCUGGCCUGGAGUGUAUGUAAUGAUGCCUGGGUAAGCCAUCCUACUUGGGCAUCCGAAGAAGCUGGAUUCAUUGUGCAGCGAAAAACACCCUACGAAGAGACCAUGACAAAGCUUGAAGAACAACGAUAUGAAUUUGAUCGGCAUAUCGAGGCAACAACAUGGACGAUUAAUCUUUUAGAGCCCAUCGCCGAACGGAUAGAAAGUAUGUCUGACAAGGAACGUGCCGAGAUGAAAUUGUCUCCAGGACUAGGUGGUAAAACUGUGAGCAUCUACGAGAAAGUUGUGAAGUGGAUUUACACGCCUGAACUUGGAAAUGACAUGAUUAAAGGUUUAUACGAGACACCUUCCAUCGCCGUUCCUCUCGUAUUAAAUCGUGUAAAACAGAAAGAUGAAGAAUGGCGAGCGUUGCGGGACAGCCUUUCAGCAAGCUGGCGCGACAUCGAGUAUCAAAAUUACGACAAGCACAUGGACCCACAGAGCUUGUACUUUAAGUCGGCGGAUAAAAAGUUAACAAUGCCGAAGUUUCUCUUUAUGUCAGCAGAAAUGCAGGCUUUUGAGACCGCUAAAGCAUAUCCAGAACAUGCUGAAGUUGCUUCACCUUUCUCGCACAAAAUUGAUGACGUUAAUAUUUUCCUGGAUGUUUGCUACUUAGUAUGCACGUACAUUGUCUGUAAUUCCCCGAGUGGAUUACGAAAAGUUGAAUACUUUUUCAAAGUCACUAUCCCGGAAAUUUUUGGUUUGGAGAAGCAGCUUUUGCACAAAUGCUUGGAGCCGUUAUUUGAAAAAGACGAAUCAGAAAAAGAUUCAUGCGAUCCAAUUGCACCUAAUCGUUCACGGAGGAAGCGUGCUUCUUCUCUAGAACAACUUACCGGUAAUGCAAAAAUACCAAAACUUGCUGAGCGACAAAGUCGAUCGGCUACCGCGCAAUUACGAGCACAAGAAAAUGAGCGUGAACAAAACAAGGUUGUUGAUGGCGAACCCGAAGUCAUGUAUCCAGAUUUGAUCAUUGACGAAACGAAGCCGCUAGCUACACAGCUCCCGCUUUUCUCUUCCACUUACCAGUCUGAAGAUUCAGACUCAGCGACGGCACAGGAUAUAAAGCAACCGAAUGACAGUCCUGAGACACAACGAAACACGCCUGUUCUUCGGAGGCCCCGAGAAACAUUUGGCGAGCCUGGGAAGGUGACAGAGUAUUAUGGACAUUCCAUUUUUUACUUAUUCUUCCAAUAUCUGUUUAUGUUAUAUGAGCGAUUGAAGAAGUUAAAGUCAUUUGAAGAAGAUGUUAACCCCAGGCUGCACCAGUUACGACCAAGCUCCGUUGUUCUAGAAAUGGGUAUUUGGCGCAACAGAAAAUCCGAUCUGCCCCCUUUACCUGAUGAAGGCUCUUAUUAUCGAAAUACGGUUGUCAUGACCAUUCGUCUUCUCUGCGGAAUAAUUACACAAGCGCAAUAUGAGGACUACUUGCGAUACUUUUAUGGGUACAAGGCGUAUGAACUUUACACUGCUGAGAAGCUUGUAUGGUCCCUCUCAAAACAAGUGCAUCACAUUGUUGCCGACGGCAAGAACAAAAGCAUCCUGUCUUUGUUUGAAAUUCGGGGGAAACAACCAGACCUAAACGCGUUUACUGAUAUGAUGUACCGCAUGCAGGUAGACAAGGUCUUGGGUCAAGACGAAUACGUCUUCAAAAUAACAUGGAAUCACAAGUCCAAAUACCUUGGGAUGCGAUACUUGCGAAAAACGGAAUUAUCUUCCAAUGCGCCCUUCUUUCUUAACGAAGCUGCGUGCGACAAGUAUUUCAAAAGCUACACGAGUGAUGAAGUAACUAAAGAAAUUUCGCUACGAAAGUUUCACUGUCCUUUUAUUCCUCGCAACUUGAAACGCUCUAUUCUGCCAAGUUUCAAAUUGUACAAAGAUGCUCAUCACGAACAACUGCGUGGUUUUUCAGAAGACAAGAAAACCAUCUCUUUAUCAAUAAAUGCGAAAAACUACAGACUAUCCUACUCUCAUGCAAAGGAGGACGUCUUGCUACAUAGCUCAUGGUCAUUCACUCAUGCAUCUCUGCAGUCAGACAAACCGUCUACCUUAACGAAAACAAUUGUUGAUCGUUCCCAACGUUGGAAAAACUGUUAUUCCAGCUUACUUUCUGCCCUUCCGGGAUCCCUUGAAACUCUAAGCUUUUAAUUAUGUACCCUGGACUUUAUUAAUUUAAUGCUAUUUGGCCUCGUUUCUCGUAUAUAGACUCAUUGUACUUGGGCUCCUUUAACACUAGAUUUUGUAUAGUAAAAAAGCACUGCUAUAUUUCGUUUUUACAUUUUAAAUGCAUUUAAAUUUUUACAAUAAAUAAGAAUGCAUCUCUGUUUUAUCUUUUACUUUAAUUGAACCAAUAAACCCAAUAACCAGG